ACAAUGGUGGAGGAAAUGUAUUUGCAGAAAGGUUCCUCUUUCAUGGAUCCUUUCAAAGGAGAUUUGUUGGCGUAUUUUCUCCCCGAGUCGUGCUACACUGCUUUUUUCCUGCAAUACAACUUCAUAGACGGAGCAUGUUUUAAGACGCUACUGAGCAAAGUCCUGGGGACCGCCAUCAUCUUGGGAUCAUUGAUGGUGAAGUUGCCUCAGAUUGUGAAAGUGAUUAAAGCAAAAAGUGCAGAGGGUCUAAGUUUCCCGUCUGUGCUGGUGGAGCUGCUGGCCAUCACAGGAAGCAUCGCCUACAGCGUCACCAACAGCUUCCCCUUCAGCGCGUGGGGUGAGGCGCUCUUCGUCAUGCUGCAGACGGUCACCGUCGGCUUCCUCAUUCAGUUCUACACUAAAAGGACAGCCAAAGGUGUUGUUUUUGUGUUGGUGUAUUUGGGGUUGUUGUUUCUCUUGAUGUCUCCACUCACUCCUUCGUCAGUGGUGACCACCAUGCAAGCGUCCAACAUGCCUGCAGUCAUCGUCAGCAGGAUCAUCCAAGGAGUCACCAACUUCCGGAAUGGACACACUGGCCAGUUGUCUGCUAUGACUGUGUUCAUCUUAUUUGCUGGAUCGCUGGCGCGCGUCUUCACUUCGGUGCAAGAGACCGGGGACACGCUGCUGGUCGUCACCUACGUGGUAUCAGUGGCCUGCAACCUCGUGAUAGUUGUGCAGGUUCUCUACUACUGGAAAAGAACUCAAAAGAUUCUAAACAAAGUACCGGACACUGAAAUGACAACGGUCCAUGAAUAGAUCUUCUUCCCUCUGUCCCAAAAAGGAUUUAUACUUUAGCUCAUCCGUAAACCUUAAAGGGGAACAUUAUCACCAGACCUAUGUAAGCGUCAAUAUAUACCUUGAUGUUGCAGAAAAAAGACCAUAUAUUUUUUAACUGAUUUCCGAACUCUAAAAGGGUGAAUUUGGCGAUUGAAACGCCUUACGUGGAGAGUGCUAAUCAGACAUAUCAAUGGUCAAGGCAUGCUAAUUGAUGCUAACAUGCUAUUUAGGCUAGCUGUAUGUACAUAUUGCAUCAUUAUGCCUCAUUUGUAGCUAUAUUUGCAUCCAGCCUUUCCCUCCACCCACAUUUAAUGCCAAACAAACACAUACCAAUCGACGGAUUCAAAUUGCACCAGUGGUCAAAAGAUGCGAAAGUCCCCUGAUUGUUUUGCACACAUUACCGACGAUAGCGAUGCUACAACAGAUGUGGCAUAGAGAUGUGUGGAUACUCUGCGACACUCAAAGCAGAUGCAUUUCCAACGAUAAAGUCAACGAAAUCACAAAGGUGAGUUUUGUUGAUGUUAUUGACUUAUGUGCUAAUCAGACAUAUUUGCUCACGGCAUGACUGCAAGCUAAUCGAUGCUAACAUGCUAUUUAGGGCUAGCUGUAUGUACAUAUCGCAUCAUUAUGCCUCAUUUGUUGCUAUAUUUGCAUCCAGCCUUUCCCUCCACCCACAUUCAAUGCCAAACAAACAUACUAAUCAACAAAUUUAAGUUGCACCAGUGGUCAAAAGAUGCGAAAGGCCCUCAAUUAUUCUGCACACUUUACCGAUGAUAGCGAUGCUACGACAGAGAUGGCACGGAGAUGUGUGGAUACACUGCGACACUCAAAGCAGAUGCAUUUCCAACGAUAAAGUUAACGAAAUCACAAACGUGAGUUUUGUUGAUGUUAUUGACUUAUAUGCUAAUCAGACAUAUUUGCUCACGGCAUAACUGCAAGCUAAUCGAUGCAAACAUGCUAAUCAGGCUAGCUGUAUGUUCAUAUUGCAUCAUUAUGCCUCACUUGUAGCUAUAUUUGCAUCCAGCCUUUCCCUCCACCCACAUUUAAUGCCAAACAAACACUUACCAAUCGACGGAUUCAAGUUGCACCAGUGGUCAAAAGAUGCGAAAGUCCCUCGAUUGGUCUGCACACUUUACCGACGAUAGCGAUGCUACGACAAACAUGUGUGGAUAUUCUGCGACACUCAAAUCAGAUGCAUUUCCAACGAUAAAGUCAACGAAAUCACAAAGGUGAGCUUUGUUGAUGUUAUUGACUUAUGUGCUAAUCAGACAUAUUUGCUCACGGCAUGACUGCAAGCUAAUUGAUGCUAACAUGCUAUUUAGGCUAGCUGUAUGUACAUAUUGCAUCGUUAUGCCUCAUUUGUAGCUAUAUUUGCAUCCAGCCUUUCCCUCCACCCACAUUUAAUGCCAAACAAACACAUACCAAUCGACGGAUUCAAGUUGCACCAGUGGUCAAAAGAUGCGAAAGUCCCUCGAUUGUUCUGCACACUUUACCGAUGAUAGUGAUGCUACGACAGAGAUGGCGCAGAGAUGUGUGGAUACCCUGCGACACUCAAAGCAGAUGCAUUUCCAACGAUAAAGUCAACAAAAUCACAAAGGGGAGCUUUGUUGAUGUUAUUGACUUAUGUGCUAAUCAGACAUAUUUGCUCACGGCAUGACUGCAAGCUAAUCGAUGCUAACAUGCUAUUUAGGCUAGCUGUAUGUACAUAUUGCAUCAUUAUGCUUGAUUUGUAGCUAUAUUUGCAUCCAGCCUUUCCCUCCACCCACAUUUAUGCCAAACAAACACAUACCUAUCGACGGAUUCAAGUUGCACCAGUGGUCAAAAGAUGCAAUCGUUGGUUAGAAGGCGAAUGCCGAAUUCGUCCUCGUUGCCGCUGUCAGUUUCUUCUUCAAUUUCGUUUUCGCUUUCUGCCUCCACACGCCAACCAUCCGUUUCAAUACACGCGUAAUCAUUUGAAUCGCUUAAGCCGCUGAAAUCGGAGUCUGAAUCCGAGCUAAUAUCGCUAUAUCUUUCUGUUCUAUCCGCCAUGUUUGUUUGAAUUGACGUCACGCAGUGACGUCACAGGAAAAUGGACGGGUGGAUAUAGCGAUGGUGAAAAUCAGGCACUUUGAAGACGUUUUUCGGGAUAUUGUGUGAUGGGUAAAAUUUUGAAAAAAACGUCGAAAAAUAAAAUAAGCCACUGGGAACUGAUUUUUAUUGUUUUUAGCCCUUCAGAAAUUGUGAUAAUGUUCCCCUUUGACAAAGAGAAUGGAUAUUUAUUUAAAUCAAUUCAUGAUGGAACAUUAUGUUAUGUUACAGCCUUUAUUCCACCAAAAAAAAGAGACCAUCAAUUUUUACACGCAAUACCCCAUAACGACAAUGAGCAAAGUGUUGUUUGUUUUUCUAAAGACAUUUUGGUAAAUGUAUUAAAAAAACAAAAAAUUAAGAAACCACCUGUACAAGUAUUCAGACCCUUUACUCAAUACUUUGUUGAUGCACCUUUGGUAGCAAUUAAACCCUCAUGUCUUUUUGAGUACGAUGCCAAAAACUUGGCACACCUAUCUUUGGGCAGUUUCGACCAUUUCGCUUUGC